UUCCUGCCUGAGGUGAGUUGUGAUCAUGGAGGCCGAACCGCCUCCUCUGGAAGAGCGUCGUCGGCUGCAGGAGGAGCUGAGCGAGUUCGUGGAGAACUGCUGCCGGACGCUGGAGGAGGUGACGGCGUCCCUGGGAUGGAGCCUCGAUCAGCUGGACCCCGGGGACGAGGUAGCGACCGAGGAUGAAAUCGCCAUAUGCCCUUAUGAUUCCAAUCAUCGCAUGCCUAAAUCAUCACUAACAAAGCACAUGGAAUCUUGCAGAUUGAGGAAACUGGGCUAUACCAAAGAGGAAGAGGAUGAAAUGUACAAUCCUACUUUUUUCUAUGAAAAUUUGAAGAUUCCUUCAGUUACUUUGAAUAAGGAUUCACAGUUCCAGAUAAUUAAACAAGCUAGGACUACAGCUGGGAAAGAUGGUGACUGUUACAGCCAAAGAAUGUAUUCUCCGGCGCCUGUUGAAGUUCCUCUGAAUCACAAACGAUCUGUUUGUGACCUCACACAAGCGGAUCGACUUGCUCUGUAUGAUUUUGUCAUCGAGGAGACAAAGAAAAAACGUUCUGGUCCUCAAGUCAUUGAAAAUGACAGCGACCUGUUUGUAGACUUGGCUGCUAAAGUCAAUCAAGACAAUAGCCGAAAAAGUCCAAAAUCUUACCUGGAAAUCCUGGCAGAAGUGAGAGAUUAUAAAAGAAGACGCCAGUCCUAUAGAGCUAAGAAUGUUCACAUAACCAAAAAGUCAUACACUGAAGUAAUUCGGGAUGUGAUAAAGGUGCACAUGGAAGAGCUCAGUAACCACUGGCAAGAAGAGCAGGGAAGAGCAGAAGAUGGCGCUGAAAGGAAUGAGGAAAGGCGAUCGGCUUCGGUAGAUUCACGACAGUCUGGUGGAAGUUAUUUGGAUGUUGAAAGUUCACGACAUAGAAGGGCUCGGAGUAGGAGCCCACACAAACGAAAAAGAAAUAAAGAUAAAAAUUCUGAGUCAAGAAGAAGGAAAGAGAGGGAUGGAGAAAGACAUCAUAGUCAUAAAAGAAGAAAGCAAAAAAUAUAAGCAGAUUGUAAAUGUGUUAAUUAUGCUUAUGGAAUAAACAUGCUGAUAUUUUAAUUAUUAUCUUUGCAUAGAAAAAAUGGCUAUUAUGAUCGUGUAAUGCUUAUUAUAAUAAAUGCUUCAAACCAGGAGUCAAAAUUGUACCCUACACAUUAUUACUAUUUGUUAAAUUCUUUUGGCCAUAUAUAUAUCAGUUUUCUUUUUCACAGAUCAGUACUUGAGAUAGGUAAAUUACAUAGGAAAACAUUCUCACUGUAAGGAGUUAAAGGUGAGGCUAGAUUCCACCCUGGCAGUGACUAUGCUUUCUCACUGGAGGGUUAUGUCGUAGGGAAAGCAAUCUAAGUGGCUUUGUGGAUGGGGGAUGUCCUGACUAAGUAGACUAUGUGUAGGUAUUUAUAGAUUGAAUUACUAUAUUGGCAUUCAAAGGAAAACCUUGAUCUGUGUUCACACAGUUAGAUAUUUAAAAUGUAAUGCUAAAGGGAAAUUGUGAGUAGCAAGUUAGCAUUAGAUUCAAGUGCAAAAAAACCUUUUUUUUUUUUUUUUACAUAUAUAUGUAUAUGAUUAUAUUUUCAAAGGUUCAUUAGAAACCAUUCCAAAUUCCUAAUUAUAUGUGGGAAAGGAUGUUUUGGGGUAGAUAACAGGAUUGGGGGGUUGGUCAAAAGAAACUUUGGUUCUGUGAGUAAUAUAUAUUCAUGU